AUGCAUUGCGUAAUUUUAAGAUUUAGAAGUAUGCUCGAUACUUACAUCGCGCUACUAGCUCUUCGAUGCAGCAGUUGCAAGAGGCUGCCAUCAGCUGCAGAUGAGCACAAGCUCCGGGAGCGCGUACGCCGGCCGUCGCGCUCCCCUCUCUCUCGCCACCGCGUCAUCAGAGACUCCAAGCAAAGCAUGGCGCCACCAUCGCACACCAUUCGCUCUACU